AUGUUCAAUAUUUUGCUCUCAUUAGGUAAAAGACGAAAACGUCUAGAUGGUGGUGGAAAGAAACUAAAAUAUAUUGAUCUUGAUAAUAAGUUAUUGCAAUGGUUUCGAGAACGUCGUACUGGUAAUGCUAAUAAUAAACCAAUUAGAAAAGAGAGAGUGUCGUUUAAACAAUUACAACGUACAGGAAAACAAAUUAGUAUCGAAAUGAAACAUGAACCACCAUCAUCGAAAUGGUACGGACGUUUCCUUAAACGUCAUCGUCUAUCAUUACAAAAACCAAAAAGGCAGCAGAAAAUACCAUUAGAUGAAGCACAUAAACUAAUUCAUGGCUUUCAUACCUAUAUUCGUCGUUGUAGUCGCUGGGGGCCCAAACGUGGCUCAAUGGGUGCAUUUACACCUAAAGAUGUCUGUAAUAUGGAUGAAAGUCCACUGAGUUUAUUUGGUGAUCAAAGUAAGCUUACUGUUAAUGAUAUUAAUACAUGCAAUGAAAUUGAAGGUUGUAUUAGUAAUAAACGAUUUUGUACAGUGAUAUUAACGGUUUUCGGUGAUAAUAGCAAUCGCGUUGGUCCAGUAUUAUUAUUUAAAGGUAAAGGACAAGUAUCAGACAGAGAAAAGGAGCAAUAUUCUAAAGAUGUCAAGGUCUUUUUUACACCGAAAGCAGUGAAUAAUAAACCAACAAUGGACAAAUACAUUCAUUAUUGGAAUAAAAAGGUUAACGAUAAUCAUCCAAAACUGUUUAUUACGGAUAGUGCGAAAACACAUCUGAAUGAUGAAACAUUACGAUUACUACGAAAAGAGAGUGUUGUUGUUGCCGUUGUUCCAAAAGGAUGUACAAUGUACAUACAAGCACUCGACGUAUUUGUAUUUUCGGUAUUCAAACAUCAUUACUACGAGUGUAGUGAAGAAUUUAUCGAAAAAAAUGGCCCAAGGUCAACAAUUAAAUUAACAGCAUCUCAGUCUCGUAUUUUAUGUACAAGGUUAACAUCAUCGGCGUGGCAGCGUACAUUACAGAGUAUUGAUAUGGAAAAGGGCUUUAAAGAUCUUGGCUAUGUAUG